CUGACUCGGCAGGAUUGCACAGGGAGAGGGAGCCACACGCCACAAUGGAGCUCCCACCUCGGGAAGCCCCGCGUCUGUAGGCUGAUUGCCAGCACGUGCUCCCACUAGCUAGUUCUCCCCAUCUCGUGUUCAGCCCGCCCAACUCCGCGGGGGUUUUCUGGAAGCUGGCUUGAGAUGGCUGAGUCCGAUCCUGGGGACAGAAACUAUGACAACAUGCUGAAGAUGCUGUCGGACCUGAACAAGGACCUGGAGAAGCUGCUGGAGGAGAUGGAGAAGAUAUCCGUUCAGGCGACCUGGAUGGCCUAUGACAUGGUGGUGAUGCGCACCAACCCUGCCUUGGCGGACUCCAUGCGGCGACUGGAAGAUGCCUUCUUGAACUGCAAGGAGGAGAUGGAGAAGAACUGGCAAGAACUGCUUAACGAAACCAAGCCCAAGCAAUAGGCCAUUCCCUCCAGGCCCCCUCCCUGCGCCUCCGGGACCCAGACACCUCGAGAGGAGAAUUGGGCCCUAGUUGGCUGAGAAGUAGACACCCCAAUAUAUAGAUGUACAUACAUAAGUGCUCACUGCCCAAUGAAGGUAUUUUCAAGCACA